AUGGCGACAUUAGCGGUAGUUUCAUCGCCGCCACGCGUCCUCGGACAGCAGCUUCCCCUGUUGCCACUGCUGCUGCUCCUUUUGUGCCUCACAUCCACCUCCAGUGCCCUUUCCACUUCUUCGUACGGGGCGAUGAGUCUUGCGGGUAGCGUGUCGGUGCCGCUGAAUGCUAGCCAGUACGUUGAGGUGCAAGCGGUGGAUGGAGCCAGCGGUGCUGUGCUUCGCUCCGUCCCACUCGACGCGACGCGUAGCUUCGCCUUUGCCGGUCUCCCGCCCACCGUUGCGGAGAUUCGACUCUUCCUGCGGAUGCCGGAGCGCCGCUUCCGCCUCAACACGGCAGCGUCUCGUCUUAGCGUGCCCAUUCCGAUGAGCAGCAGUGGCGGGGUGAAUCACGACGAGGAUGUGUUGUGGGUGGAGUUGACUGCAGCAGUUGAAGAGAUUGGCGGUACCGUGGAGGAGCAGCAGGGUAGCGUCCUCACCGCUGUUGUGGUGACACUAUGCCUGGCGCUGGCGGCUGUGGGCAAGCACCGCCUGGUGGCGCUGCUGGACCUGCCAACGGUGAAGAUACCGAAGCCGCGCCGGAUGAUCGUGGCGGCAAGCAGGUAA